UCCUUGCCAUAAACCUCAUGCUUACAGGAUGCUUCUGGAGGACAGAUCAAUCACUCUUUAGUCCCUUACAGAGGGGAAAAAAGCCCCCACAAGAUGCCUCUUAAGAUGAACUAGAGCAGUACCAUUGUUCAGCUGGCUGGAUUUCCCACACUACAAUGAAGAUACUGUUUUUCUCUGGACUGCUCUCUCUUACCUCCAGUCUUUGCACUACAGCAUCAGAAUUUUCACAGAAUGGCUCUGCAAUUAAAACAGUGUCUCUUAUCAAAACGUUUCGUGGAAUUUCAGCAAGAGACUAUGAUUACAUCCCCCCUUAUGCCAUAGAAGGGGAAACAACAACCAUCCAUAUCAGAGAAAAUAAAUGCACUUCAAAAAAGUCAAAUGACACCACAUUAACAGAAGUGAGCAACACCACGCUAGAGUACCUGACCAGCUCUCUGAGCACCAAGCUAAUUCCUGCUGUCUACCUCGGUGCUGUUUUAUUGGGUGUACCAUCUAAUGCCAUCAUUCUGUGGAUGCUACUCUUCAGGAUCCGCUCCGUGUGCACUGCUGUCCUCUACACAAACCUGGCUGUUUCUGACCUGCUCUUCUGCAUCGUGUUGCCCUUCAAAAUAGCCUACCACAUCAACGGGAACAACUGGGUAUUUGGGGAGACCAUGUGUCGAGCGGCCACGGCGGUGUUCUAUGGCAACAUGUACUGUUCCAUUCUGCUGCUGACGUGCAUCAGCGUCAGCCGCUACGUGGCCAUCGUGCACCCCUUCACCUACAAGAGCCUGCCCAAGCGCGCCUACGCCCUGGCAGCCUGCGCUGCCAUCUGGGCCGUCGUCUUCCUCUACAUGCUCCCACUCACCAUUAUGCAACAAAGUUACUAUGUGAAGCAGUUGGACAUUUACACCUGCCACGACGUGCACAGCGCCUGUGAAACCGUGUCUUCCUUCCAGUUCUACUACUACGUGUCCUUAGCUGUGUUCGGGUUUUUGAUACCACUUGUGACUAUCGUGUUCUGCUAUGUCUCAAUUAUACGCACACUCAAGACUCAAGAAUGGUUCUGGUAUGUUAAAGUCUGUCUUUUGAUUCUUACCAUCUUUGCUAUUUGCUUCGUACCAAGCAAUAUUAUCCUUAUCAUCCAUCACAUCAACUCUUACUAUUACAACACAGAUGGGCUGUAUUCUUUUUAUCUGAUUGCUUUAUGUCUUAGCAGCCUAAACAGUUGUCUUGAUCCUUUCCUUUAUUUUCUAAUGUCAAAAAUUAGAAGUCAAUCCAAUAUUUACCUAACAAUGGUAAAAAUAUCCAGGGAAAAAUGAAUUUAUUUCUAUUACUGGAAUUACAAUUUUGUAUAGUUUUAACACAGCAACAAAUCUCAGGUGUGACAUUUAUACUUCAAGUGUGUUAGAAAGCAAUCUCAGUUAAAUUUACUUCCCCCAACACAGGGAAUAUCUCCAAAAAUACACUUAUCCAGCUCUAUGACUUUAUUACAUGUAUUAUUACAUGUCUAUAACUACAUUACAUAUAUUGCAACACCCAGAUUUAGGGAAGUAGAUCUGCACCUCCAUUUCUUUCUGAAAUCACUUUCUGGCCAUUGAGAAGCUGCCAGAGUACCAGUUACCACAGCCUCUAAAUACCAGAAGUGGAAUCAGCAUACAAACAGCACUUCUAGGGCAAUUCAUGACACUUCAAAUUAGCUCUCAGCCAACAAUCACUGCAGGAACAGUGAUGCAAACCCAAGUUUUUGGCCUGGUGAAAAUGGGAACAAGUGAAAGCACUUUCUAUGUACCUGGGAGCAGUCCAGAGCAAAUACUGCCCUGGAUGGAAAUACAGAGUCCCCACAGGUUCACAGAACAGUGAACCUGCAGCUGUGGACACAGACCCUGACUCUUCCAAGGCUACCUCUCCCAUGAGGCUGCUUAACCAGCUCUGCACUGGAGACUUGUUCUUCCACUUCGUCAGCACCUGCACUCCCCUAACCCAGGGAUUGCUGGGAGCUAGCCCUUAUCACUGUGAAUCCAGGCAUGUAUUACUCUUGCUUGGUAAGCAAAACAGGGAAGCUGUUUUGUAGUAUUCUCUAUUUCCACAUCCUCACAGGAAAUACCUACAGUGUUACAAAUACUGCAGCUAGUUACCAUUAGUAAAAUAAUGGGUCAACUUUUACCUUUACAGAAACUCAAAACCUACAUAAACACUAAGUUCCUAGAAAAUUAACCCAGUGGUUGUCAUUUGAAUUUGUAACUGCAGCAUGUAA